AUGGAUGUACAAAUCAGCGAGGAAGCCGAUUUGAGCGAUAUCUUUGUGGCUCUUAAGGAUGCUGUACACGGGCAAUGGGACGCGGAUGCAGAAGAAUUGUUAAUAAAGGGGCUCAUGGCAUUUCAGGCAAAUUUUUCAGCUCGCUUUAGUUCAGUUCGUGAAGAGUUAGAGAAUCUUGGAAAGGAUGUCUGCACGGCUUCUAUCCAGGUUUCGAAUGCUAUGAAUUUGUUUGUUCUUCUCGCGCAAAAACAAUUUGUUCAAAACCGUGUGUCUUUGGACGAUGAUGAUGCUGAUGAUGAUGGCUGCGAUGCAAAGAGCAGAGUGGCGUCGGGAGAGACGGAUCCCGGAGACGAAAAGCAAACGUCUGUUGAUGAUAAAAUCUUGGAGGACACUGAGGCAAGAGCAAAGUGUGUGUACCAGGAGGCUAUCGAUCUUGGUGUCCGCGUACUUGAGGAAAGAACGAUACCGUUGUUUUCAGACGGCACUGGAUCGGACGAGGGAGCUACCGCAAAUAAUGACGCACCGAAAGAGGAAGACGACACAUUUGCUGCUCAUUACUUUUCUGAUCAAUACUGCCAUAUACAUUUCAUGGCUCUCAUUGGCUCGGAGCGAUUUCUUAACGAUCCAUACGGUGGCUAUUUUGAUGAUGGGGGCGUAGAUUCUCGGCGCUCUUCCCCAUUGGAUCACUCCUUGGAGAGUGAAGCGAAUCAGUUGGCGGUGACAACAGAACAAGGACCGAAAUUCAACGCGGCCAGCGUUGCGCAAUCGAAAACCGCACCGCCACCGCCACCACCGCCACCGCCACCGCCACCGCCACCACCACCACCACCUCCAGCCUCAGCAAACGCUGUGAAAGCGCAGAUAGCAGUGCCCCAGCGGAAUAAAAGGGAUAUUUCUAAAGUUUUUGCUUCUUCUGAUAGUUCCGAUGAACCGGAUAGUCGCCCAGCUCCAAUUUCGCGGCCAAAGCCAAGUGGAAAAAGUGCCAGUGCGUUUUUUGAGGGAAAUAAUUCAGCAGACUCAACAUCUGGUGAUUCAGCUGACAUGCCGGCACCAAAGGCCCCAACCAAAUCUACAUGGGGACGAAAGCCUGUCAUGUUUGCCGAUGCUUCAUCCUCUGACAGCGACAGCGAGGCUUCACCCCCGGCAAUAAAGGCCAGAACAGUUCCUUCAAGAAUGCCAUUGAAACAUGGUUCAUCGUCAUCAUCAUUAUUGUCCUCCGAGGGGGAAACCAGAAAGGCUGUACCGCCGAAGGUUGUGGUUGACAAGGCCAGGGCUAGCAUGCCGCCGAAAACGGCAUUGCCAAUGGUAGCCCCACGAAAGGCAGGGGCGAAGUUUUUAGAAUCCGAUAGCGGUGUGAGUGAUCACAUAACUCCGGCACCAAUUAACGUGGUCCAACCUACUGGAAAUUGCACAAGCAAGACAAUUUCAGGGAAUUUCAUGUUAGAGCACGAGAAGGAGGCCUUAGUUUCCCCUGACGAAAAGAAUGGACAAACAAUUACUGUGGGUCUUUCUUCUUCCGUGCCCGUCCCUGCUUCCUUUCCUCCAUCCUCAGAAACUGAGCAGAAGAAGCCCUCGGUGGUGGAACGGGCUUCCAUUAAGGCUAUUGCUUCUCUUCCCAGGCGUGUGUGCAAGAAUUUGUCGACAUCAUCCUCGGAGAUUGAAGGUCCUUCAACGGGCAAAAGGCCCCCGUCACGUCCCACAAAUUCCGGAGUUAGAAAGGUACCGCCACCGCCACCUUCCAAAAAAACUGAAGUCGAAGGUGCGACUCGUUUGUACAGCAGUGAUUCUGAUGUUGGAGGUGCUGCUUAUGCACCACCACGAGUGCUUCGCAAGUUGACGGCUAAAUGGGCGUCAAACAGACGCCGCGUUUACAGCAGCGACUCGGAUAUAUGA